CGAAGUCGCGGGCAACAGCUAGUAAACAAUAAAAAUAAUGUGAUAAAUUGCAGUUUUCAGUACAGAAUUUUUAUAUCCCCAGAGAGAGGAACUCUUACAGAACUCAACACUCAUGGUAGAGAAUGUCUCCAAGAGAGACAUUUGUCUAAGGAUGUAAAUUCCUGCUUCAACUACGACAACGUGUCCAAAGGGAAAGGCGAUAAGAACGACGUUAUGGACAGCGUAGCAUGGCACAGACCGAUGUCGGCGACGUCGCGGCAGGAGGAGGAGCUGAUGCAGAAGUCUGCGCGCGCGCUCACCGCCGCCACCGACCCGCUCGAGAAGCUGCGCCUGCUGUGCCUGUCCCGAGGAGCCUCUGGAAUACUUGGCCUUGGAAGGAUCUUCCGUAGAAUGGAUGACGACGGCAGCAAGCAGCUGAAUCAGGAAGAGUUCUUCAAUGGCAUUAAGGAGACUGGACUAGAACUUAGUCAUGAGGAUGCAAUGGAGCUGUUCGAAAGGUUCGACUCCGAUAAGAGCGGCUCCAUCAGUCUCGACGAGUUCCUCGUACACAUUCGGCCGCCCAUGUCAGACUCGCGGCGCGCUAUAGUGGAGCAGGCGUUCCGGAAGCUCGACAAGACCGGGGACGGCGUCAUCACGGUGGAGGACAUCCGGGGCAUGUACUCGGUGACUGCGCACCCUAGGUACAUGAGCGGUGAAGAAACCGCCGAUCUCAUCCUGAACAAGUUCCUGUCUAACUUCGAGUCUGAAGGAUCUGUGGACGGCAAAGUAACUCUGGAGGAGUUCAUGAACUACUACAGCGGCAUCAGCGUGUCGAUCGACAACGACUGCUACUUCGAUCUGAUGAUGCGACAGAGUUACAAGCUCUAAACGUUUACAUUACCGUAUUCAACCCGCCUUCAUGAAAGUACGAACAUUGUAUCAGAGCCUGCACAAUCUCCGUAUUCAUAAACGUCCCCCUUUAGUGGCCUGUCUCUGUCACUGUUAAGUGGAAAGAGACAAAUAUGUCAGUAAAAAUGUCGUUUAGGAAUAUGGUUGUUAAAUCUCGGCGCUACAUAAUACGUAGUUUUUUUUGCAAAUGUUUGCACAAAUUUGUUAUUUUGACUUAAAAUUGUAAUGUUGCCAGUAUAUAAUUAAAUAUUUCAAGAAAUAGUAUUUUUUUUAAUCAACUUUCUCAAUUUGAAGAGUUUAGCUCAUCGUUAGAACCAUCUUCUCUGUUUCUAUAGAAGUAAUAGCUUAUCCGUCCAUUUGGAAUGUGUGACCAGUACAAUAAAAGCAAAUAUUCUUUGUUUUUGAUGUCUUUUCACGCUGAAUUCUCUUUCUAUUCAUAUUUUCGAUAUUUUUGUAUUAUUUUUACUUAGUGUUUCGUACUUUCAAUGGUUCUUGCGUUGCUUUUAACUUAGCACCAACUCUGAGGCCGCUAUUUUCUAAAGAUGGCGUUCUCAUGUGCACUUGUAUUCCUAACGUUAAUUUAAUAUAGUAUUAUAUUUUUGUUUCGGAAAUUAUUAUCGUGCGGUAUGAUAUUUAUGUUGAUUCCAAUAAAUUACAAUUUUCAUUUA